AUGAUCACCACUGCCAAUUCUACUGCUAGAGUCAAAAUACUUGCUCUCAUUUUCUUGAUAGCUGUGCUAAUCAUGGUUUAUCCCCGCUCUACACAGGCAGGCUGGACAAUUAGAAUUCAGAGCUGGAAUCUGAGAUACGACUCCAUGCCAAACGAUAUCACCGUCGACGAGACAAUUGCGGCUCUAAACAAGACCGUUCCUAUUGACACACAGACUAAGUAUUACUCCGAUGACACGGAGCAACCAUGGUCGACACGCAGGAUCGGCAUCAAAAAUGAGGUCCUGUUCAACGAAGUGGAUCUGUUUACCGUCAAUGAGGGCCUCCAUAGACAAGUUGAAGACUUAAAGGAGCUCCUGGACAUGCCGUAUAUCGGUGUGGGCAGGGACGACGGAGCGCAGGCGGGCGAAUACCAGGCGAUUUUCUACAACCCAGAGUCUAUUAAGCUGCUUUCAAACGACACAUUCUGGCUGAGCGAUGAGCCAUUUGAGCCCUCGAAGUAUCCUGGCGCCGGCUCCUACCGCUCUUGCACCGUUGGCUAUUUUCAGACCAACAAAGGAGGUACCAAAUUUGUGGUGAUCAAUGCGCAUCUUGACGACCAGUCGGACGACCAGAGACGGCUGGGUGCAGCGCUGAUCAAGUACAGAGCGGCAUACGAGCAGGAAACGAAAAAGGCCCCGGUGUUCCUGGUCGGAGACUUCAAUUCCCAGGUCAGCGGAGAAACCAACGGAGCGUACAAGAUCACUACGGGGAGGUUGGAGUUUCCUAUAGACAGGCUGAAUUCGACAUUCGUCUCCAAAUACAACCAUUCGGGUUCCGGCUUUGAGUUCCUGGAUUUGAUCGAGGCAACUCCUGUCGAGAACAGGCUUGGAAAUCUCGCUACUUUCACCGGUUUUAAGAAUGACGUCGACUCCUUUAGCAGGAUCGACUUCCAGUUCGGCAGCAACACGAGCAACUGGGAGGCUAUCAGAUACAAGGUUGGCGAAAAUUGGUACGACGACUCGUAUUAUCUCUCGGACCACAGACCUGUUAUCAGUGACAUUUUUUUGAAGUAA